UCGUACGACGGUUGACAUUUAUUGUUUCUAAGAAAAAUAUUACAAAACAGUGAUUAAGAAAACGAGUGAUUCAUGGAAUUCACGGUGUCGAAUAAGAUAAAUUUCACCACAUCAUUCGAUAGAAAAUCAACGAAUUAAACGAUGAAGAGUCGUGUUAAGAGCAACAUGAAGAAAGCCAUCUCGUUGAAUAUAGAAUCAUUUUACGACGAGACGGUGCUCUCCUGGAGUAAACGUCUCCUCGGCUUAUCCGGUUUGUGGCCGGAAAAUCAUAACGAUGUACAAUUUUUCUUCUAUAUUACCUACGUGGUGAUCUUCACUUGGUUGGAGAUGGUCACGUUGCUGCAGAACAUCGACGACCUUGAGAGAUCGUUGAAAAAUAUCACCCUAUCGUUCCCGACCAUCUUGAUAGUGCUGAAGGCCGUGAUGUUUCGAAUGAACAUGCAUCUCGUCUUACCUUUGCUGGCGCUCGUGAAAAGGGACGUGGAGCAAGGAUUGUAUCAGACGCAGGAGGAACGAAGGACGGUCGUAUGGUACAGCGUGGCCGCCACCUUAUUUUCCACCUCGUCGGCCCUGUCUUUGUUCUUCGUCCCCAUGUUGUUUUACACGAAGCCAGUCGUCGGCUGCUUUUUCUCGCAGUUCAUCAAUUGCACCCUUCCCUACGAGUUACCCAUGAAAGUGCAUAACGUUUACGAAGUGACGGAAAUGCGGACGUACACUCUCUUCUGUGUUUAUCUGAUACCAGUCAGUAUGAUGUUAACAAUCGGCGCAACCGGUGCAGACAGUCUUCUGGUGACGUUAACGUUUCACAUUUGUAGUCAGCUUUCGAUCCUGACUCAUCGAAUUAAAAACGUCGAACUCGAACCGCAAAUAUACUUUCCGAAGAUGAGAAUACUCGUCGAUCGACAUAUCGAACUUUUAAAAUUGGCGAAUAUCUUAGCUGAGACAUUCAGUUCCCUGAUGUUUGUACAAACAUUAGGACUAAUAUUCUCUUUGUGCAUUGUGGUAUAUCAGUUAUUGAUGACAAGCGAAUCUGGCGAAGAUAUGAAUACUAUACAUUUCAUAAUUUAUUCCUGUGCUGUUGUGUUAUUAGCAUUUUGCUAUUGUUUUCUGGGAGAAUGUCUAAUUAACGAGAGCAGUGAAAUGCAAUUAGCUUGUUAUUUCACUAAUUGGUACGAGUUGCCAGAUAAGUACGUGCGAUCUUUGAUAUUCUGCAUUGCUCGAUCACAGAAACCAUUGUGUUUGACUGCGGGCAAGUUCUACGUAUUUUCCCUAGAAACCUUCGGCAUUAUAAUAAAAGCAUCGAUGGCAUAUCUUUCUGUCAUGAAAAGCAUUGUUUAAAUAACUCCGAUAGUGAACUUGUUAAAUAUUUAUUAAGGGGAAUAAUUGUUAUCCAUUAUAGUGUUGCUUUGAGGUAGUUAAAAUUAUUAAACAAAUUUCAAUAAUAUUUGAUUACGCGUUUCGGGUUAAGGAGGAGGCUUUAGGGAGGGAAAAGAAAAAACGUCAACGAUGACAACAUAGAAUGACACUAAUUACUGACACCCUUCAAACUCUAUUUCAUUCCAUCAAAGACAAUCACAGUAGUCUUGUGCCAUUCUAUCCGAUCAUUGUUAAGCAUCCACAAUUUUUGGCUGAAGGAAUUGAAAAGAAAAAUUUAUUUCGGUUUAUUUCAAGAAAGAUACAGAGUGUACAACUGCCAAUGGGGAUACAAAUUAUGCUUUAUAACUCGUGCCUCGCGGUAAACAAUCAUCCGUAUUGCAACGUCGAAGCACGUGGUUGUGUGGACCCUGUCGUCGUUGUUAUCUUUUCUUUUUUACAACGACCUCGAUCCUACGAAUGGAGUAACAACUAACGCGGUUACGGUCUUCGCGAUACACCGAUAUCGCGUACGGUCUCCUUCGAGAUCCAUGCACCCACCAGCACCCACUCUCAGUGGCCAGGAACUUAAGUAACAAUGUGCAUCCUCGUGUACCCUCGAUGCUGCUGAAGAAGACGCGUACACGUUCACACACCAGUGUAUAAUAUCCCUCGAAACGAGACUCUGCAAACUGUUUUAUUUCGAACGAGAUACACGAACGAACGGUACAAUCGCGAAACAAUGGACACACUGGUAUAAUGAUAUACACCAGACCUUUCCAAUAGUCUAUGUUGUUUCUAUGGUGCUAGUUGACAUCGUGUUAACCCUUUGUCUUGGAAAAAUUCAAAUUAAAAAAGUAAUUUACAGAAUUGAAAAUGAUAAGUAGAGAAGUCUAGUAUACUAAUGUGGUAGUGUUACAGAGGGAACUCUUAAUUUGUGUCUUCGAAAUUAAAUAGAAUAAUUUUAUUUUCCAUUUUGAAGUGUCAACGUUUAAUCACCCUUAGUGAUAAAAGAGCUAAGAGAAUUUCUGAAAAGACAGUGUGUGAUUAAGGCAAUUUAAUAAUCAAAUAAUUUAUCCAAUAAUUUUAUCCAGAUCAUAUGCAUCGUGUGUACACGGGAAGGGAUGAGGGUAAUGGUGUGUUAUUGGGCGGAGUCCGUUCGGUGUAUCGCGAGGAACCUAAGCAUAUAAACACAUGAUGUAAUGUAUUCGAUGCCGUUUAGUUUCCAAUCAGACAAAUGACUCACACGUUCACAUGUUAGACACGCAGCCUCGAGGUAUUCGCGUUACUUCCACAGUUGUGUUCCAUAGAAAAUUCGUGUGUGUCACGUGUGUGCUUACGGUCUCUCGUAUAAUUAAUAUGCAACAAAUUCCCGUUUAUUGUGUGCAUGUUGGUGUUUAUCGUUAAUGGAGGCGAAUGUCCAUCAAGACAGUCUUCAAAAUUUCCUAUUCUGUACACCUCUGUUCCUAAACGAUAGUUGGCUUUGCCUUCAGCACUUUUUUUUCCUCAAGUUUUCAAUUUUUUGCUUGUAUACGAGAAAAAGACGUGUACGUGUUUCGUGUUUAUGAGUGACGUUCACCGUUUCGUUUCCCUAAUUUUUCUACGGUAUUUCGACGUUUGGUGGGUCGAGAACGUCCCAUUGACACACGGAGAGCUGCGACGUUCUCGAAAACGGAUCGAGGAGGUAAGAAUAUGCUAUAGACAUGUCUGCUUGACAUCUUUUCAAGAACAGAAGUAAUGAUUUCAUUUUUCAUGUUUCUUUUACUUUUUUGAAAUAUGAAAAUACGUGGUACUUAAUAAGUGAGGAUAAUAUUGAUGUUCACUGUUUAUUGAUCUUUUUGUAUUUAACUAUGAUGCACAUGCUUGACUAUUUUUGGUAGCUAUAAUAAUAGAUAAAUUAGCUUUUUCUAACUGUGAUAUGAUUUUUAUUAUCGAGAAGUGAAACAACGAUGAAGGAAUAAUAAUAAUUCCAUGAUAGUCGCAAAGAAAAGAUUUCGGAUGAUAGGGAAAUACAGCGCAAACCUUACGCUUGUUCUGCAUCAUUUUAUUAACAUUAUUUUAAAGUAAAAAAUUAUUUCCUGAGUACUUUCAUUGAGCAUUCUCGCCUGCCACCUAACUGACUGAAUGACUGUCGUAGAAAUUAUUUCAAGGAACUUUCAUGGUAUUCGUUGUCACGUUCGAAACGAUAGAAAUUAAUUUGAAAGAAAAUUCUUAAUUAACACGACGAAAAAGUUUCGAUCAAAGAUAUAUUUUAGUAAAUAAAGUAUUUCUUUAUGAUCGUAACUUUCCUUUAUUCUGAUUAAUAUUACAUUCAGUCAUUCAGAAAUAUCUAAAAGUUUAUGUAUUGCACCAUAAUCAAUUCGUUUUUGAAUCUCUUUUAUUAGAAAGUAUAAUUAGGGGGAGAGAAAGAUUAAUAUUCUUCAGUUUUGGGAAAAUUAGUUUUUUGCAUCGUAGUGCAUUUCGAUCGAUAAUUAACUAAGAAAAAAUGAUAAAAACUAUAAUCGACCUCAACGUAAUCACAUAAACAAAGGUACGAGAUCUUAUAAUGAUUGUACACUGAACUCGUUUAAAUAAAAGGUUCAGAGUCGUCAUAGAAAGAUGAACACAAAAUGAAGGAAAAAAUAAAAUCUUCAAUAUUCCCUUUUUUUAUUGAUCAUGAGAAGGCGAAAGAUGGAAAGAUACCAGAUCUUGAUCAAUCAGACCAAUAGACCUACUAUAAAUUUUGAGAAAGAAAUUAAAGCUAGAAGGAUAAUUAAAAGAUUAUAGCAAAGAAUAACUAAAACUGGACACAUUUGACCAGAAUAAUGAAGAAAGUUUAGACAACUAAAAUUUUAACAUAUAUCAUAAAUACGAUUAUUUGACAUCAAGAUUUAUUAAUAUAUUUUAUAGAACAUAAAAUAGAUUAAAUAUUUUUUAUUAAGAUACUAAAAUGAAUUAAGUCCCUCGGGGUUAAGGGUGGGGACGAAAGUACCUAUCAUAUAAACGAUUAAAUAAUAUUCGUUCUAAAUGGAAGUAUCAAUAAAUUGUCAAGUAUUUCCUGCAUAAGAAAUUCUUUUAUUUAAGACCUGAAAAUCUUAAUUUACAUACCUUCACGAUAAUAUCAGAACGCGGGUUCGUUUACAUUAAACCUAGAUCUCUGCAAGUCUUAAUCGUUCGUUUUGCAUAGACUUUGCUCAUUACUGUAACAAAAUUACAGAAUUAAAAAAAAAAAGAAAAAAAAACAUAAAUAACGUUUUCAUAUCGUACACGAGGUCAAACUUGACUAUAUAACGCAAAACCAGAGAAAAAUAAAAGGUUCAUUUCCUAAUUGAUCCUUAAUUUCUCACUGUACAACGUGUACGUAUACAUUCCCAAUACUGUAUAAACAGAGAAUUACGAUAUACCGACAUAAUUGACGAGAAAAAAAAAAAACGAACUAGUAUCCCCAAGAUUAUGGCGAGUAUUUA